CGUAUACCGGUAUAAAACCGUUUAUCAGUGACACAGAGGCAGGCGGUACUUUUUUCCGAUUCAGCCUGCCAGUAUUCAAAGUGUUCCACAUUUACCAGCAGUGGCCGUUGCGACUCACUGAGCGACGCACGCAAAUACAUAUUUUUUUUACUCACCUUACUCGAAUUUUAUUCUAACACCGUCAGCGUAAACGGAAUUUAUUAUCACCAGGAAGUCGGUGCGCGUUACAGUGUUAUUGGAGAUUACGUCUGCUGAAGAGGCCAACAGGUGUUUAUGGGAAUGGAAUUUCAUGCACCUGGUGGGUGACCACUUGACGCCUCAGUCAAUACUAGGAAGAGAUGGAGAAAUAAUUGUAAUUACAGAGCGCGAGCGGUGUUGGCUUACAAUUACUUACGCAACUGGAAGAUUCACUAGUUAGAAGGUAAUCAUUGACGCAGAUGCCAUGGAGGAUGGAGAUUUUAGUUCCACCAAUCGCACUGAUAGGGUCCUCAGCCACGUUAAAAAAAUAGUGAAAAAUGAAGUGCACGAGAAGGUGGAUGAGCAGGACGCGGACAACCCUACAGUCUUCUCCGUUGGGGAAGUAAUAAAAGGCGUGGCUGAGGGAGGUACAACGUCACCGGAAACCGGAAGCCACCGGCUGGCCAACAGUCGCACCGAGUCCUCUGGAUUCUCAGUCACUCCACAAACUCCGGACAUACCUAACGUCGUUGAGUAUCACCUCAAAGUUCAGUCGUCUAGUGUGAACAAGAAUACUAAUACACAAUCCAACGAAAUGCGUACAGACGUCUCCACCCCGCUCUCCUCACGAGAAAAGAUGGUGCUUUCAAACUUAUCACGGCUAUCAAUCGACAACAACGUAUUCGAGGGCUCGGACGAAUUGCCACAGGUGUUUCAGGUCAAAUACCUGGGCUCCCACGACGCGCGUGGCCUCUGGGGCAUUAAGCACACACGUAAGCCCGUCGACAAUAUGGUUGCAGCUGCUAAAUCUCUACCAACGGACACAAUUUUGCCUCUCGUAAAGCUUGUAGUUUCCAAAGAGGGUGUUGCCUUACUACCCCUGGGUAAAAUAAAAGGGGAACCUACUAUCUCCAAGUCGUAUCCCAUUGAGACAAUCUCUUACGGCGUCCAGGAUCUAGUCUUCACCAGGGUAUUCUCCAUGAUCGUGGUGAGGGACUCGGGGAAUUUUCGCAAAAUCUCGCCCUUCGAAUGUCACGCCUUUGUCUGCGAAUCUAAGCACCAUGCCCGACAGCUCACAUACGCCCUGGCUACAGCCUUCCAAAUUUAUUCGCAGAUGAUUAAGGCAUUGGGAAAGACUGAGGACGCCUCGACAAAUGUCAAUAAACGUUUCGCCAUUGAUUUGCGAACCCCCGACGAGAUUGAAACCGAUUUGACGAGAGAUUCUGAAGCCUAAAGUCAGCAGAUUAUUAAAUUUUAUGUAUAUGAGAUUUUUAUUGCGCUGUAGAUAGUGUUGAAGGUGUCGUGCAGGAGGACUUGGUCUGAUUCGGAUUCACCAAUAGGUUUGAGAGCAGAUUUUUUCGAAAUAAUAUUGAAAUUUAUACAAAAGCUAUUACAAUCUGAAAUUGAUUUUUCAUUUGAAAUUCAAAUGCUCAAGUCCAAGCAGAAAUUGCUCCUCGUGCACACCUUUCUCCAUUGAAUCACAUCAACGAAACUGAUGUAUUGACUUGACAUGGACAACUCAACCCUGUAGAUACAUUCCCAAAAAAAUUAUUAAUUUAUUCCCAUUAACUGUAACUUGUUCUUUUUGACAAAUGAGCACGAGUGUCUUUGAACACUAAUGGCUAGUUAUCCAAAGAUACUGAUCAAAGAGAGUCACCAAACUCUCGAACUUCUCCUUCAUUUUGCUAACAGCCAAAAUCGAUUGUGUAUGUAUGCGUGAGUGUGUGUAUGCGCGUGUGCGUCUGUAUAUUCGUUUAUGGACAAAGGAACAGGUUUAUGAUAAAAUUAUGUUUAGCUAAUGAAAAUGUAAUGAACAAUCCUGUUCAACCAAUUAUCGCAAACAUAUCAAUUUACUGUAUAUAUUGCGCAUUUUGAAAUUAUAUAUUUUUAUUUAGACUCAUUAAGCGAUUGAUGAGAAAAUUAUUGUACAUAUAUAGAGACACUGGGACAUGAUUAAGGCUAUCUGCAUUUGCUUUCUUAUUACAGUAUUAGUUGAAUGAUUUAUUAUGCGAUAUUAAUUGGGGUAUAUUAUCUUUGAAAAUUUUCUGUGAAAAAUAAAUCGAUUCUAAUUAUA